UGUUAAACUUGAAAGAGUGCAGAGAAGAUUUAUGAGGAUAUUGCCAGUACUUUUUGGCCGAGCUAUGGGGAGAGGUUGAGCAGGCUAGGACUUUAUCCCUUGGAGUGCAAGAGGAUAAGGGGUGAUCUUAUAGAUGUAGAUAAGAUCAUGAGGGGAAUAGAUAGGGUGAUUGCACAGGGUUGGGGGGGAUCAAGAACUAGCGGACAUACAGGGGGGAGAUUUAAUAGGAACCUGAGUGGUAACUUCUUCACACAAAGGGUGGUGGAUGUAUGGAAUGGACUGCUGGAGGAGGUAGUUGAGUAUCAUCGCAACUUUAAAAAAUAUUUUGCAGGUACGUGGAUAGGAUCGGUUCAGCAGAAUAUGGGCCAAAUGCAGGGAGGUGGAACUAAUGUAGAUGGGGCAUGUUGGUUGGCAUGGGCAAGUUGGGAUGAAAGGCCUAUUUCCACGUUGUAUGGCUUUAUGACCUGGGUUAGAAACAUAGAGAUUAGGUGCAGGAGUAGGCCAUUCGGCCCUUCGAGCCUGCACCGCCAUGCAAUAUGAUCAUGGCUGAUCAUCCAACUCAGUAUCCCGUACCUGCCUUCUCUCCAUACCCCCUGAUCCCCUUAGCCACAAGGGCCACAUCUAACUCCCUCUUAAAUAUAGCCAAUGAACUGGCCUCAACUACCCUCUGUGGCAGAGAGUUCCAGAGAUUCACCACUCUCUGUGUGAAAAAAAAGUUCUCUCAUCUCGGUUUUAAAGGAUUUCCCCCUUAUCCUUAAGCUGUGACCCCUUGUCCUGGACUUCCCCAACAUCGGGAACAAUCUUCCUGCAUCUAGCCUGUCCAACCCCUUAAGAAUUUUGUAAGUUUCUAUAAGAUCCCCUCUCAAUCUCCUAAAUUCUAGAGAGUAUAAACCAAGUCUAUCCAAUCUUUCUUCAUAUGACAGUCCUGACAUCCCAGGAAUCAGUCUGGUGAACCGUCUCUACACUCCCUCUAUGGCAAUAAUGUCCUUCCUCAGAUUUCACGCUUGACUUCAGGUGUUGUCCUUAUGGGGGUUGACACUGCAUCGUUUUCUCUGUGUGUUCCUCCUCCCCCCCACACCCCAUAAAUGUAGGGGUUGGUAGGUUGAUUGACCAGUGUAAAUUGCCCCUGGAGUGUAGAUGAGUGUAGGAUUAUAACAUGGUAUUAGUAUAAGAGUACUGUAGAGGCUUGAUAGUGGCUGUGGACUUGUUUCUGUGUUGCAAGACUCUUUGACUAUGGCUUUCUUAUAAAUGUAACCACUUUAUAUUGAGUUUCAUUUUCAAGACCAUUAGUCCUGACACCAAAAUCGGAGCAUUUCACAGAAUUCUGUAUCUCUUCCUUCCUUGACUUUGCCAAUGUAACUUUGCCUUUCUACGUUGUACUCAAGCUUUGCACUUAAUCAACGGAAGUGGUAAUAUUGCACUGAGCUCGUGACCAAAGGCAGAAUAAUGUAACAUUCUCAGCCUUCGUUUAUUCAAUAGUUAAAACUGGAAGCUGAAGACAAAGAGAUAAGAUUUCACGUGCGAAUCAAUGAGAAAGCAUGAGAUGAAAAGCCGAGCCUGAUGUCUGCUGCAGCAUCACUCUCAUAUUUUCAUGGCAACAUUAGCAAAAAGGAUUGUGAAGUUCUGUUUGGAGCAGACGGGAGAGAUGGAAGUUACUUAGUGCGGCAGAGUGAGACCAUCCCUGAUGCUUUGUGCCUCAGCGUCUUGAUGAGUAAAUAUAAAUAUAUUUCGUUCUCUGAGAUUGACUAUGCAGUGAAAAUGAAUAAUUGCAGUUUUUUAAAUGUUUGCAUUUCAACUUUCUUUGUACAGGCGAGACACGGAGUGAAAGUUAAGUCCUUCAAAUGCCUGCCAGAUUUAAUUGAUCACUUUAAGAAACCUGACAAAGGUCUGGCGAUACGCUUACGUUAUCCUGUAGAAAGGAGCAAAGCUAUGAACGAGGACAACGAAAACACCUAUGAAAGUAUGAUUAAAUGUUAUGUUUUAUUUCUUAUAAUCCCAAUAUCAUCAAUAUGAUGGGGAAAAAUUACCCUGGCAAUUACAUUUAAUAAUUUCUUACACACCAUCAGCAACUUCUUCAACUGUCGGAUGUGAUUAAAAUCUGUUUUGUGCUUUUAUCUUAUGUCGAAGGCAGUUAAAAAAAAAAGAUUGUGCAACACGUUUUAGGAAGUAUCUGAACCUAUAUCCUUUCAACUGGGUCAUCGUUAAAAGCCAGUAUUUUUUUCAGGAUUAUUCAGGUAUUAUUAUUUAUUCAAGCUUAAAUUGUAGGGCGUUCCUUUACUUGAGCACGCACUUAUUUUACGUUAGAAUGUGCAGGCGGCAUAGCCAAUGUGUGGAGCAUGGAUUGCAAAAAUCUGGAAAGCUCACCUGUCCCCCCAGAUCCUGACCAACUUUUACCGCUGUACCAUAGAAAGCAUCCUGACCACCUGCUUCACGGUAUGGUACAGCAGUUGCACCGUAGCGGACAGGAAGGCACUACAACGGGUGGUGAAAACCGCGCAGUACAUCAUCGGUGCCCCGCUCCCUGCCAUGGAUGCCCUCCACCGAAAACGGUGUCUGAGACGGGCCGGGAAGAUCAUCAAAGACCCCUCCCACCCUAACCAUGGACUGUUUGCCCUCCUCCCAUCAGGGAGACGGUACAGGAGCCUCAGGUCUCGUACCAGUAGGAUGAGGAACAGCUUCUACAACAACACUAUCACAUUGCUGAACUCGGAAUCCCGCCGAUAGAUUUCUCCAGUCUCUCCGUCCACAUUGUUUGCUUAUUCUGUAUUUUUAUUUCUAUAUUGCACUAUUACUACGGACUGACGCUAAACUGCAUUUCGUUGUACCCAUACUUGUAUCUGUGCAAUGACAAUAAAGUUGAAUUGAAUUGAAUCGAGGAACUUGUCCAAAAUGUGUAAGAAGGAACUGCAGGUGCUGGUUUAAACAAAAGAUAGACACAAAAUGCUGGAGUAACUCAGCGGAACAGACUGCAUCUGUGGAGAGAAGGAAUGGGCGAUGUUUCAGGUCGAGACCCUUCGUCAGACUGAAGAAGAGUCAAGACCUGAACCGUCACCCAGUCCUUCUCUCCACAGAUGCUGUCUGUCCCCCUCAGUUAUUCCUGCAUUUUGUGUCUAUCUUUGGUUUAAGCCAGAACAAUGUAUGAACAGAAAAGAUGUUGUCAGAUGAUCUAAACUAAUUUUCAAAUCUGUUUGUUUUUCAUUUGUUUUUCUUUUAUCUUGCAGAUGUUGUUGACCAAGAUUAUGUAGAAGUCAUUCCUUCGUGAAAAUAACUAGAUUGUUGUAAAAGAAGAACAACUUAUUAUUUUCAUCACUGAAAAUGUCCCACGUAUUUUGUUUAUUUAUCAGCAUCAUUUGUGUAUUUGUUUCCCCUUGGCCCUGACCUCCUCCCUCCUUCUCUCAGACACCUUCCUCUAACCCUUGCGUCUCACUCCCUCUCACUUUCUUCCCUACGUUAGACACCCCUCUGGUCUCAAGCUCUCCACCACCCUGUCUCUGACAGCCUCAUCCAUCCCUCCUCACAUCCUCCUUUGCUCUUCAGCCCUGAGAAAGACCACACCAGCUUCCACUCACCUCCCCAUAACUCGCCUCACCCUAACAUUGUGCCAGGCCAGGCCAGUCAGGAACCCGCUGAUGAUCUGUGUGUCAUCCUGAUGAUAAAAUGCGUGGAGCACAGUACUGUCAUAACCACCAGUGUUUCAUCAGGCAGACAAGCACGAGAGCUCAUGGCAACGUCCUAAAUCCUGCCACCGGCACUUUUUAAACUUGUAGACAACAUAACUGGUUUGAUGGGUGUGAUCGGGAAGUAAUUAACACAAACACAAGGGGUAUAUGGAUGGGACAUUCAUGCUUAAAAAUAAAGAGCCCAGCAAGCUCAAGAAGACUCUCAGACUAGAGAAAGGAAGGCAAGCACAAACAGUGCACAAGGUCCAACACCUCAUUGUCAUUCAAUGACUUGCAUGGAUCCUGCAGCAUUGUCAAGAUCAUCUAUGGGCCAAAUCCCCCAAUACCCUAUCCAUUGAAUGCCAAGAAUGAAGGUUAACCUAUCCAGGACAGGGAGGCAGCCAUUGCCUGCUGAAAGGAGCAACUCAAACAACUUGAGUAACUCAGCGGGACAGGCAGCAUCUCUGGAGAGAAGAAAUGGGGGACGUUUCGGGUCUUCGGACUUGGGUCUCGACCCAAAACGUCACCCAUUCCUUCUCUCCAGAGAUGCUGCCUGUCCCGCUGAGUUACUGCAGCAUUUGGUGUCUGCCUAUGAUUUAAACCAGCUUCUGCAGUUCCCUCAUGCACCUCAAACAACUUCUCAGUCGUGACUCUGUGCAAGGCAUGCGCAUCCUUGACUGAACAUACACGCUCUCCAGUACAGCCUUCCUGCCACAAGGGGACUAUCACACAGGUCAAAAUGGCCAUGGGUAAAUGGAAAAAACAAUAGAGCCUUGGGUACAGACUACAUCCCAACUGAAGUUUUAAAAACCUGGCAUUUCAGAAGUUCAGUCAAGUUUCAAAACCUCAUCUUUCAUGUCUGGAAUCUAAAAUAUCACAGUCGUGAUCACCUUCAGCAUUAUGGUAAAUGCACGAGGGUCUCCUGCCUGACGAAGGGUCCCAGCAUGAAAUGUCAACUAUCCAUGAUCUCCAGAGAUGCUGCUUCACCCACAGAGUUACUCCAGCACUGUGUGCCCUCUCGGGUCUCCCGCCUGCCACAGAAAAAGGUAGUGUCUGCUUCUUCUCCACCGCUUCCUCCCAACGGCUGAAUUUCAGGCCAUGUCGAGGCACAACGCACAUUAUCAUCACCACACAUCAAGUCAAAGGGAAACACAGGAAGCUGCAUCAACGCAGCCUUUUCUUGACCUUACACAACUGUUUGACUCCAUAAAUGAUGGCACGGUGGCGCAGAAGUAGAGUUGCUGCCUUACAGCGCCAGAGCCCCCAGGUUCAAUGCUUAGUACGGGAGCUGUCUGUACGGAGUUUGUACCUUCUCUCCGUGACCUGCGUGGGUUUUCUCCGGGAUCUCCGCGUUCCUCCCACACUCUAAAGACGUACAGGUUUGUGGGUAAAUUGGUUUGGUAUAAUUGCAAAUUGUUCCAGUGUGUGGUGGAUAGUGUUAAUGUGCGGGGAUCGCUGGUCGGCGCGGACUCGGUGGAACAAAGGGCCUAUUUCCGCGCUGUAUCUCUAAACUAAACUAAAACUAAAAUGAAAAGGGACUGUAGCUAAACCUUUCAAAAUGUAGCUGUCCACUGAAAGUACAGUUUACCAAGGAUACAAGAUACAAGACAAGAUACACCUUGGAGUUUACCUGGACAGUAAACUGGACUGGUCCAGGAACGCUGAGGCCCUGUACAAGAAAGGAUAGAGCCCGCUGUACUUUUUGAGAAGACUCCGCUCCUUCAAUGUCUACAGUUCGAUGCUGCAGAUGUUAUACCAAUGGGUGGUGGCCAGUACCAUCUUCUUCGCUGCUGUGUGCUGAAGGCCGCGGACGCCAACGGGAUUAACAAGCUCAUCAGGAUCUCCACCUGGGGGUGGAGUUGGAUUCACUGGAGGUGGUCUUAGAGGGGAGGAUGCGCCUCAAACUACGAGCAUCUUGGACAAUACAGCUCACCCCCUCCAUGACACCCUGGUCAACCUGAAGAGCACCUUCAGCAACAGACUGGUUCCACCAAGAUGCAGGACAGAAUGCCACAGGAGAUCCUUCCUCCCUGUGGCUAUCAAACUAUACAACCCCCCCCCCUU